AUGUCGGCUCAGAUCAAAAAUAAAUUAUCUGAUAAACAUGGUUCUCCUCUUGAAACUGUGGAAGAAGCUGUGUUAAAAUACGUAGGAGAGGAAUUAACUGACGUGAAUAAAGAAAUCUCUAAAUCUGAUAUUGAAAGAGAAAAAUCUUCUAAAAAUGAAAAAUACACUUUUACAGAGAUAUCUGUGUCGUCUCGACAUCUAAACGGUGAAAUAAGUUCAAGUAAUAGUAAUGAUAUAAAGGACAAUAAUACUAACUAUACAGAUCUAAAGAUCGACGAAAACAACAAUAAAGAUCAUAGCAGUAGUAACGAUAAUGCUUCUGACAUGACAUGGUAUUUAAGGCAUGAUGAAGAUAUGACAACUACCAACUUAAAUCAAACAGAAUCCUCAAAUGUUCAACCGAAACUACAAAAUAACCAAGAUUCAAUAAAUCAAAACACAUUAGCAUUAGCUGCUGUAGUUGCUGCAUAUCAAGCUGAUAAAUUAAAUAAAUUGAAAAGGAAAAAUGAUGAUGUAGAAGAUUUUAUAGAUACGCAUGUAACAACGGACCAUCAAGAUAAAAUGGCUGAAGAGAACCCACAUAACAGUGGAUCGUUUAAGCGGGGGAAGAUAAAUGGCCAUCAUGAAGAAGGUGAUACGAUUAAUGAUGAUUAUAUAGUGAAAAAGUUUCGUGUAGAUUUAAAGAGGGGUAAGUCCCGCUUACUAGUAGAUCCAGAAUUAACUACUUUAGAUGAUCCAUCGUCACAACAUCAAUUAGUUAACAAAGCUAUUGAAGAAGCUGAUUCGAUAUCCCAACAACCAGAUUUCCAACAAUAUUUAAAUACUGAAACUGACAUGAAUCAUGACUUAAGUAAACUUACUGAACACGAUAUGGAUGACAAUCAUGUUAACAGUAGGAGUCUGAAACAUUUAAAAACAACAGCUGAAUCUGAACCAGUGGAGGAAAGCUUGUCACAGAAAGUCUUCAAUGAUUUUCCUGAGAUAUCUUCAGAACCACCGAUUACUAUAAUCAAUAUGUCAUCCAAUAAAAAUCAUAAAAAGAAAUCUAACACUGAAAAGGUGAAUCAAGCGACCAUAGAUGCAGAUAAUAUGUUGUUAGAGCGUGCAGCCAAAAAAGCGUCUGAGCUAAUAGGCUCUCUAGCAUCUACUCAAACUAGCGGGAAAGCAUUUGAUGCAUAUGAAGAAGCUGCAUUGGAUCAAUUCAUCAAAGAUUAUGAAACUAUUAAGAAAUUUACCAGAAGAGAAACAUGUGAAAGAAUUUGGACUAAUGGACGGCGUAAGGAUGAUUUUUGGAUCAAUAUCUGUAAAGUACUUCCUUAUAGAACAAGAAGUUCCAUUUACAAACAUGUUCGAAGAAGGUAUCAUAUCUUUGAACAAAGAGGUAAAUGGACACCUCAAGAAGAUCAACAGUUGGCAGACCUGUGUAUAGAUAAAGAAGGACAAUGGUCAGUAAUAGGCAAAAUAAUGGAUAGAAUGCCAGAAGAUUGCAGAGACCGUUGGAGAAAUUACAUAAAAUGCGGUAACAACCGUAUAUCCAAUAAAUGGUCUCCAGAAGAAGAAUCUAUGUUAAAGAGAGUUAUUGCUACAAUGUUAGAAGAAGCAGAGGCAUACUAUGACAAAAAAAAUGAAAUAACUACAGAUUCAAAUAAUGAAGGUAACGGAGAGUCAAAAAAUCCUGGCUACAAAACCAUUGGCGCUAAGCCCACUUUUAAAGAUGUCAUCAACUGGACGGUUGUCAGUGAAAGAAUGGGAGGUACCAGGUCACGCAUCCAAUGUCGGUAUAAGUGGAAUAAAAUAAUGAAGAAACAAGCUUUAUCUAAGAUUGAGCUUAUAACUACUUCAGAGAAAAGAUGGCUUAUGGAAAAAUUGAGAGAUUUAGGUUUUACUGAUGAAUCACAAGUGGAUUGGGAUGAAUUGGCAAGUCUUCAAGGUACAAAAUGGGCUGGGCUGGAAUUGAAAAUAUGCUAUGAAAAAAUGAGAACUAUGGUCAAAUCAUAUAAAGAAUUACCUGUUAAUGAAGUUGCUAAGUCAUUAUUGGAAAAUUUACUAGAUGAUAAUAUAAUCACAGAAAAAGAUCAAUAA